CUGCAUCCCCAGCCCCCCUGCUCACGGUGGUCUUGCCCAGAGCCGGGAGAGGCCUGGCCAGGCCCAGCUUGGGCUUUGUCCAUCCUGGACUCCCCCCAGCCCGUGUUGCCGAGACCCUGGGGACAUCCUGAGCCCAGAUUUUAGGCGGAGCUGAGCCGAGGGAGGAGCCCCUGGGUCUCCCAGCCAGCCCAGCUGCAAGUAAGAGGGCGCUGCAGGAACUAAAGAUGACCAGCUCCGUGGCAUCCUACGAACAGCUGGUUCGACAGGUGGAGGCCUUGAAGGCCGAGAACAGUCACCUACGGCAAGAACUGCGGGACAACUCCAGCCACCUGUCCAAGCUGGAAACAGAGACCUCAGGCAUGAAGGAAGUCCUGAAACACCUGCAGGACAAGCUGGAGCAGGAGGCCCGUGUGCUGGUGAGCUCGGGCCAGACCGAGGUGCUGGAGCAGCUGAAAGCUCUGCAGAUGGACAUCAGCAGUCUGUACAACCUCAAGUUCCAGCCACUGGCCCUGGGCCCAGAACCUUCCACCCGGACCCCAGAGGGAAGCCCUGUCCAUGGCUCUGGGCCCUCCAAGGAGAGCUUUGGAGAACUGAGCAAGGCAACCCUCAGACUGCUGGAGGAACUGGACAGAGAGAGGUGUUUCCUGUUGAGCGAGAUCGAGAAGGAGGAGAAGGAGAAGCUGUGGUACUACUCGCAGCUGCAGGGCCUGUCCAAGCGCCUGGACGAGCUGCCCCACGUAGAGACGCAGUUCUCCAUGCAGAUGGACCUUAUCAGACAACAGUUGGAGUUCGAGGCUCAGCACAUCCGCUCGCUGAUGGAGGAGCGCUUCGGCACCUCGGACGAAAUGGUGCAGCGCGCACAGAUUCGCGCUUCGCGCCUGGAGCAGAUUGACAAGGAACUGCUGGAGGCGCAGGACCGGGUGCAGCAGACGGAGCCCCAGGCUGUGCUGGCCACGAAGCCCAUGGCGGUGGAGGACCCAGAGGCCGAGGUUCCCACACACCCUGAGGAUGGUACCCCUCAGCCCGGCAACAGCAAGGUGGAGGUGGUUUUCUGGCUGCUGUCUAUGUUGGCGACUCGGGACCAGGAGGACACAGCGCGCACCCUGCUGGCCAUGUCCAGCUCCCCUGAGAGCUGUGUGGCCAUGCGCCGCUCGGGCUGCUUGCCCUUGCUGCUACAGAUCCUGCAUGGCGCUGAGGCUGGGGCACAUGCAGGAGUUCCAGGGGCACCUGGGGCCAAGGAUGCACGGAUGCGGGCCAACGCGGCAUUACACAACAUCGUCUUCUCACAGCCAGACCAGGGACUGGCGCGCAAGGAGAUGCGUGUGCUGCACGUGCUGGAGCAGAUCCGCGCCUACUGCGAGACGGGCUGGGACUGGCUGCGAGCACGUGAGGGCGGGAAUGAGGGCAGUGCCCCAGUCCCCAUAGAGCCCCAGAUUUGCCAGGCCACCUGCGCAGUGAUGAAGCUGUCUUUUGACGAGGAGUACCGGCGUGCCAUGAAUGAGCUAGGUGGACUGCAGGCUGUGGCAGAGCUUCUGCAGGUGGAUUAUGAAAUGCACAAGAUGACGCGGGACCCACUCAACCUUGCCCUGCGCCGCUAUGCCGGCAUGACCCUCACCAAUCUCACCUUUGGGGAUGUCGCCAACAAGGCCACACUGUGUGCCCGCCGGGGCUGCAUGGAAGCCAUUGUAGCCCAGCUGGCCUCAGAGAGUGAGGAGCUACACCAGGUGGUGUCCAGCAUCCUACGUAAUCUUUCGUGGAGGGCUGAUAUCAACAGUAAGAAAGUGCUGCGGGAAGUUGGCAGCAUGACUGCACUGAUGGAGUGUGUCCUGAGGGCCUCCAAGGAAUCUACUCUGAAGAGUGUGCUCAGCGCCCUGUGGAAUCUGUCAGCACACAGCACAGAAAACAAAGCGGCCAUCUGCCAGGUGGACGGUGCCCUGGGCUUCCUGGUGAGCACACUGACCUACCGCUGCCAGGGUAAUUCCCUCGCGGUCAUAGAGAGCGGCGGCGGCAUCCUGCGCAACGUGUCCAGCCUCAUCGCCACACGUGAGGACUACAGGCAAGUGCUUCGGGACCACAAUUGCCUGCAGACCCUGCUGCAGCACCUGACCUCACACAGCCUGACCAUCGUGAGCAACGCCUGCGGAACACUGUGGAACCUGUCGGCACGCAGCCCGCGAGAUCAGGAGCUGCUGUGGGACCUAGGUGCCGUGGGCAUGUUGCGGAAUCUCGUGCACUCGAAGCACAAGAUGAUUGCUAUGGGUAGUGCAGCUGCCUUGCGUAACUUGCUGGCCCACCGGCCCGCCAAGUACCAGGCAGCAGCCACAGCUGUGUCUCCGGGCACCUGUGUGCCUAGUUUAUAUGUGCGCAAGCAGCGGGCACUGGAGGCAGAGCUGGAUGCCCGGCACCUGACACAGACACUGGGCCAUCUGGAGAAGCAGGGCCUGCCCGAGGCUGAGGCUAUUACCCGGAAGCCACUGCCACCCCUGCGCAACCUGGAUGGACUGGUCCAGGACUAUGCCUCUGACUCUGGCUGCUUCGACGACGAUGAUGCGCCAUCCCUGGCUGCCGCUGCCACCACAGCAGAGCCAGCCAGCCCAGCUGUGCUGUCCCUGUUCCUUGGCAGCCCCUUCCUUCAGGGGCAGGCAUUAGCACGCACUCCACCUGCCCGCCAGGGUGGACCAGAAGCUGAGAAGGAGGCCAGCGGGGAGGCUGCCUUGGCUGCCAAGGCAAAGACCAAGCUAGCGCUGGCCGUGGCGCGGAUUGACCGUCUGGUGGAGGACAUCUCGGCCCUGAACACCUCCUCUGAUGACAGCUUCAGUCUUAGCUCUGGGGACCCCGGGCAGGAGGCUCCAAGAGAGGGUCGUGCCCAGUCCUGCUCACCUUGUCGGGGCCCUGAAAGUGGGCGUAGGGAGGGCACUGGCCGUGCACAUCCACUCCUGCGGCUGAAGGCGGCUCACGCCAGUCUCUCCAAUGACAGCCUGAAUAGUGGCAGCACCAGCGAUGGGUACUGCCCCCAGCAGCACAUGCAGCCCUAUCCGAUGGCCUCGCUGGCCGAGCACCGUAAGGACCCUUUGCGUGGGCAGACACGGCCCAGCCGGCUGGAACUGGACUUGCCCAGCACUCAGGCUGAGCUGCCCUCCCGAGACACAGUGGCAACUGAUGCUCGUGUCCGCACCAUCAAGCUAUCCCCCACCUACCAGCAUGUGCCGUUGCUGGAUGGGGCAGCUGGAGUUGGUCUCAGACCCCUGGCAGGACCUGGGGCCUCCCCGGGGUCCCGGAAACAGGCAUGGAUGCCUGUGGACAGCCUGAACAAGGUACCUGAGAAAUUGGAGGUGUCCCCACUGCCUGUGGCCAGUAGGGUGCUACAGAAGCUGGUGGGCCAAGAUGGGCCAAUGUCUCUAUCCCGCUGUAGCUCCCUGUCCUCCCUGUCUUCUACUGGACAUGCCGACCCCAGUGAGGGUGGGAACCUCGACAGUGACUCUUCCCUGGAGGGUCUAGAGGAGACUGGCCCCCAGGACACCGAGUUAGACAGGGCAUGGCGGGGAUCCACGACUACCUCCCUGCCGGUGGCCAUCCCUGCACCCCGCCAGGGUCACAGCCGGGGCCUUGGAGUGGAGGAUGCCACACCAUCCAGUUCUUCGGAGAACUGUGUCCAAGAAACGCCUCUGGUUCUGAGUCGCUGUAGCUCUGUGAGCUCUCUGGGCAGCUUUGAGAGUCCGUCUAUUGCCAGUUCCAUACCCAGUGACCCAUGCAGCGGGCUGGGCAGUGGGACAGUGAGUCCCAGUGAGCUGCCUGACAGCCCUGGGCAGACGAUGCCUCCUAGCCGUAGCAAGACACCACCUGCCAUGCCACUGGGGCAGCCUGAGACCAGCCAGUUCAGCCUGCAAUGGGAGAGCUAUGUGAAGCGCUUCCUGGACAUUGCGGACUGCCGUGAGCGCUGCCAGCCUCCCUCUGAGCUGCUAGACGCUGGCAGUGUGCGCUUCACGGUGGAGAAGCCAGAUGAAAACUUCUCCUGCGCCUCCAGCCUGAGCGCGCUGGCCUUGCAUGAGCUGUAUGUGCAGCAGGAUGUGGAGCUGAGGCUGCGGCCACCUGCGUGCCCAGAGCGUGCUGGGGGUGGUGGUCACCGCAGAAGAGAUGAUACUGGAGGCCGCCUCGAUGGCCCAGUGCCCACCAGCUCCCGCAGACGAGCAGCCACCGACAAGGAGCUGGAUGCAUUGCGGGAGUGCCUGGGUGCUGCCAUGCCAGCUCGGCUCCGCAAGGUGGCUUCGGCGCUGGUACCUGGCCGCCGUGCACUGCCAGUACCAGUGUACAUGCUGGUGCCCGCCCCAGCCCAGGAUGAUGAUUCUGGCACUGACUCGGAGGAAGGCACACCAGUCAACUUUUCUAGUGCUGCCUCGCUAAGUGAUGAGACCCUGCUGGGACCUCCCAAGGACCAGCCUGGCAGAGUGAGGGACAGGCAAAGACCCACUGGCCGUGCAGCACCUGUCAGGCAACCCUCUGGGCACAGACCCAAGACAGUGGGCGCUGGCAAGAGUGCAGAACAGACUCGGGGAACCAGCAGGACCAGGGCAGGGUUAGCACUGCCCCUCGGUCGACCCUCAAGUGUGCCAUCAGACAAGGAAGACUCACGCCAGGGCCGAUCCCGUGGGGAUGGGGCACUGCAGCCCCUUUGCCUCACAACACCCACUGAGGAGGCGGUGUACUGUUUCUAUGACUCUGAUCAGGAGCUUCCCACAGCAGCCCCACCACCACGGCAGGCAUCUGCCAUCCCGCGCUCUCUGAAGCGGGAGCGCCCAGUGGGCAGGAAGGAGACGCUGUCCAAGGCCAUGCUGCCUGUGCCAACACCCACUCGUGUCCAGCCCAGGCUGAUUGUGGAUGAGACCCCACCAUGCUAUUCCUUGACUUCCUCGGCCAGCUCCCUCAGCGAGCAUGAGGCCUCCGAGCAGCUGGUCAGCCGUCCUCGAGCCCGAGAGCUGAUGGCCACCAAGGUCCAGAGUAUAGGCAAUGGACAGGAGAGUUUUCCCAGCCCCAGGGCCAAGGAGGAGCUGCGUCUGAGGUGCUCUGGCUCAGCCUUGCCCAGGCACCGAUCACAGGCACCGGGUUCCAAGCGUCGCAAGCCCCGUGCCACCCGGACUGAUGUGCGACCCACAGAGGUGCCUGGAAAAUGCUGCGAUGAGGUGGCCGGUUCAGAUCCGGCCUCUGAUCUAGACAGUGUUGAGUGGCAGGCCAUCCAAGAGGGAGCCAACUCCAUCGUCACGUGGCUACACCAGGCGGCGGCUGCAGCCAGCCUGGAAGCCUCCUCCGAGUCUGAGUCCCUCUUGUCCCUGGCGUCUGGGUUGUCAUCAGGGCCCACCCUACAACCCACCAAACCCAAGAAGGGGCGACAACCUGCGGCAGGAGCUGAGGCAGGCGGUGCCAGGCGUCCAGGGAAGCAGAGUGCUACCUCAGCCAAGGACAGUGUGAGCAGUGCCCGCUCUCCCAGAGGCCCUGAGAAACCAAGAGGUACCCAGAGAACAGCGUUGGGGGAGCCAGCCAUACUCCGGGGAAGGACAGUAAUCCACAUGCCCAGCUCUGCCACCCGGGCCCAGCCCAAAGGGGUCCCAGCCCCCCGUACCACACCAAGGAAGGACACUGGUGCCCCCACACAACUGGGGGCUGCCUCAAAAGCCACUAGCCCCGGGCAGCAACGUUCACGGAGCCUGCACCGGCCAGGGAAGAUCUCUGAGCUGGCGGCCCUGAGCCAUCCACCCAGGAGUGCCACACCACCAGCCCGCCUCGCCAAAACGCCAUCCUCCAGUUCCUCCCAGACCUCACCGGCCUCCCAGUCAGUGGCAAGGCAGUCCCCUCUGGCUACGCUGACCGCAGGACCUCUGCCUGGCCCCGGGGCCUCACCAGGGCCCAGAACACCAGCUCGGGCCCUUUUAGCGAAACAGCAUAAGACACAGAAGUCUCCUGUGCGAAUUCCAUUCAUGCAGAGGCCAGUCAGGCGAGGGCCACCACCACUGGCCAGGGCAGCCCCAGAGCCGGGACCCAGAGGCCGAGCAGGGCCUGAAGGAGGUUCGGGGACACGUAGCGGCCGGGUGGGCCUGGUCCGUGCAGCUUCUGCCCACUCCAGUGGAAGUGAGUCUGACCGCUCUGGUUUCCGCCGGCAGCUGACCUUCAUCAAGGAGUCUCCAGGUGUUCUGCGUCGCCGACGCUCAGAGCUGUCCUCUGCAGAGUCCACAGCCUCCACCUCCCAGAGUGCAUCACCCCGCCGUGGCAGGCCAGCACUCCCCGCAGUCUUCCUGUGCUCCUCUCGCUGUGAUGAGCUCCGGGCAUCCCCAAGGCAGUCCGCGUCUCCCCAGCGGUCACCCGAAACCAGGUCAGGUCCAGGUCCACGUGCACCCCGGCGCACCAGCUCUGAGAGUCCAUCACGCCUGCCUGUGCGCAUGUCCUCCGUGCAGCCCGAGACAGUCAAGCGCUAUGCAUCACUGCCACACAUUAGCAUGGCACGCAGGCCGGAUGGCGCGGUCCCCACGCCCUCUGUCCCUGCAGAUGCCACCCGCCGAAACAGCGAUGGUGAGGCCAACCCGCUGCCGAAAGUGGCUGCGCCAGGGACCACAUGGCGUCGUAUCCGAGACGAAGAUGUCCCCCACAUCCUACGCAGCACACUUCCCGCCACUGCUCUGCCACUCAGGGUCUCAUCUCCUGAGGACAGUCCGGUUGGGACCCCACUACGCAAGACUAGUGACGCCGUGGUGCAGACGGAGGAUGUGGUCACCCCUAAAACCAACUCCAGCACGUCACCUAGCCUGGAGAGCAGGGAGCCUCCUCAAGUUCCAGCUGGUGGACCAGCCGCAGUGCUGGGCAGUGAUGUGGAUGGACCCUGUCUCACCAAGCCACCUACCACGACACCCUUUGCCCACGAGGGCCUGGGCGUGGCUGUGGGAGGCUUCCCUUCCAGCAGGCAUGGCUCCCCCAGCCGAGCUGCACGGGUUUCUCCAUUCAACUAUGUACCCAGCCCUAUGGCUGCGGCCACCGUGACCAGCGACUCCAUGGUGGAGAAAGGCCCUGUCACUGCCUCAGCAAGCCUCCUGGAAUAGUGGUCUUCCAGAACAUUCUCUCCUGGCCCUGAGGCCCAGCUCGGCCUGCUCUAUAGAUGCUCCAAGUAGGCCGUACAGGGUGGCUCCCCCAAGCCUACCCUCACCCAGCUCAUGUCAUCUGACUGGAGGGCUAGCCCUUGCUUCCAGGCUGGGGCUCCAAAGCAGAGGUCUGCUUAUGGGGUCACACUCAUGGGGUCCUGGCCCAGCCAUCCAACAGCUUGGGCUGGGAGACCAGCCACCAUCUGCAGGUCCCUAGCUAUAGGACCCAGGCUAUAACCAGGGGGAGCCUGAGAACAGCCUCUAGGGAGGUGCCUGAGGUGGGGGACAAGCCAGGGGGUGGGGCGAGAGUCUCUGCCAGCUGGGGCCAAGGCUUCCUCAGCUGUAGCAGCCAGUCUUCCGGAGCGUGUAAUUAACUCCGUGGUAAUUGGUUAAUGAAUCCUCUGCUGCCUUGCUUGCUAGGUGGUGGCAGCUGGGGGAGUGAACGUGAGGGUAAAGGCGUGGCUGAGCUGGCUGAGACACCCACCGAAGCCGAUGCAUCUGGGCUGCCAAGGAGAGGGUUGCUAGGCCACCUGAGCCCUGUCUGACAGUUGGGGUGGGGGAAGAGAGGCUACUGAACAUUGCAGAGGCUACAGGCCGCUGGCCCUGUGUCCCUCUGCAGGCCAUUGUCAGGGACCCUGCCUUGGAGAAACUGGCCUUGAGCUGGGAGGACCCUGGGGGAGGGGGGGUCAGGAGAAGCACCGGCACUGUGGGGAGGAGGCCCAUCUGUAAAAGCCUGGCCUCUCUCAAUGCCCUGCCUGAAGUGGAGGGGGCUUGGGGACACAGUGGGAGGCCUCAGGCUCCACAGAGGCCCUGGAUCAAGAUGGAGAGUUGCUGAGUACCAAAGCGACAGGGACCCCAGGAACCCGGCCUUCCUCUUCAUGGUUUAAUGCAUGUCCCCAGAAGUCUCUGGUACGACCUGGAGUGGCGGUGCCACCUAUGUCAGUUUGGAGAUGUCCACGGACCCAUGAUCAUGAGCAGCUCCAAAGGGCCAUGCCAUCCCACAGGCUGACACCAAGUCCCUGCUCUAGGGUAGGAGAGGUGGUUUUGAGUCCUAUGGGGGCCUUAGAAGGAACCUUUGGUGUCCAGAUACCGCUGUCCAAUCCUAGGUGCAGAUGGGAGACAAGUAGACGUCAUUGUAACCACAGCUUACCGAGGCCCCUCAGGGGAGGUUCCCAGUAUUUUACUGGUACUUCCAUGAUGCCCAUCAUGCUCUGAGACUACUGCCCACAGGACAGACUCCCAAGCAGCCAGGGCUGCCAGGCAUCUCCGAGGACACAGGCCCACAGGGAGGGAACAAGGACAGGACUCAGCAGAGUACCUUCCAUUCACCAGAGCCCCUCCAUGGACACAGCUGGUUGGCCUCAGAACCCUGGCUAUGGUGUGACAAUUUGGGGAGGCUGGGUGCUCGCUCACACCCACCAUGGGCCAAUUGUCUUCCAGGAUGGCCCAAGAACACAGUUGGGGAAAAAAAAAAAAAAAAAAAGAGUAUCCACUUGGCUGUCAGACUGGGGUUGGUGGAGGUGUGACCUGCUACCACACGCUGUAAGACCCUGGGAAAUGCUCUUGGUGCCUCAUGCCUCAGUUUCCCCAUAUCAGCUGUGGGGAGAACUCCUGGAAGCUACUUCAGCAGACAGAGCAGCUGUGGUGAUGGGAGAGGAGUCAGGUGUGGCUCACAGAGGUCUCAGCUGACUCCUGGUGCCCGGCACAAAAGGGACUGGCACCUUUCCCGCCUCCUCUUCCUGUUGGGGCAGAUGUCCAGUGGCUAACUACUCUUGCCUUCUCCAGAACCUGCACGCCAGCGCCUCAGCCAGCCCAGGUGGGACUCAGGUGGCAGAAGCCCAGUGCAGGAUAGUACUUUCUGGAAGGACAGCUGGCAGUGUGGAUAGUCUACUCCAGGCUGGAGCAGGGGGCCCAGUCUUAGGGCAGUGUUCCCUUGGAAGGUCUGAACUCAUCACUAGAACACGACUUGAUGCCACCUGCCUCUGGAGCAACUCGGGAAGAGGAGGGGUCUGGUGGGUGGCCCCGAGAAGCAGACUGUGCUCCUGGAUGCUCUACACAGCCACAUGUCCACCUGUUAACCUGCUUCCUACUCCAUCUGUCACCCCUGCCCAUGGCCACUGUCACUUGUAGUCCUACACUGUGCACCGGUCCUAGAAAUCCUUCUCGUGUAAAGUUCUAUGUCUGGCAGAAGAAUGCCACCAGCCCAGUGUCCUGGUCUUAUUUACACCUUUAAUAAAUAAAGCCAGUGUGAA